AUGCCUGCGUGUAUAUAAGCGCCUCAUUCAUUUAUAUUUAGAUCUGUGACUGUGCGUAGUGGUCGUGUCCUUGCGUUGUCGGUCUAGUUCAAAUUCAUUUAUUUCAAGAUGCCAGUCCGUUGGGGUAUUGUAACUGCGGCGAAAAUUUGCCAUGACUUCGUCAACGCUUUCAACUCUUACCCCGAAAAGAAGGAUGCAGUCAUUGCUGCCGUAGCAGCACGUGACAAGAGCAAGGCCACAGAAUUCGCCAAGCUCCACAAUAUACCAAAAGUAUUUGGUUCUUACAAGGAGAUGGCUGAAAGCAAAGACAUCGAUGUGGCGUACAUUGGUUCCCUCAUUCCUUACCACUAUGAACUUGCCAAACUUUUCCUUGAAAAUGGCAAACACGUUCUCUGCGAGAAACCAUUCUGCUUGAACUCAAAACAAGUGCAAAGCUUAGUCAACCUGGCAAGGAAGAAGAAGUUGUUCUUGAUGGAAGCCAUUUGGUCGCGUUUCGCACCUUCAUACAUCGCGUUAGAAAAGGAAAUUCAAGCCGGCAAGCUCGGAGAACUACAAUACGUCGAGGUUAACUUUGGCGUACCUGUGUCCGAAAUUGCUAGGCUCAGCAAGAAAGAGCUCGGUGGGAGUGCGAUCAUGGACCUUGGUGUAUAUGCCCUACAGUUUGCCCAAUACAUCUUCAAGGAUGAACCACUCAAAUGCACAGCUUAUGGUAACCUGAAUGACGAUGGUGUCGAUGAAGUUGAUACCGUCAUCCUCGAAUACUCUGGUGGCAGACGCGCUGUUCUCAACAUUCACGCUAAGGCCCGUCUUUGGAACAAGGCCACCGUAUACGGUACCGCCGGCAGAGCAUCGGUUGAGGACCCCUUCCACUUCCCAGACACCAUGGUCCACGUUGAUGGCAAGGUUGAGAAAUUCCCCCUACAUUCCUCUAAGAUUUACUUCAACUUUGACAACAGCGCUGGUUUAGUUUACGAAGCUCUCGAAGUUACAAGAUGCAUCCAACAAGGUUUAUUGGAAUCACCGCGCAUGCCACUCAGUGACAGUAUCACAAUUUCCAAACUGCAAGACUCCGUCCGAAGACAAGUUGGAGUUGUUUACGACGCCGACAGCCAAGAGUUCCCCUAAACUGCGAAUACAAAUUAAAUCACAUGGCUUAAUUUUUACUUUCUAUUUACCAACAAUAAAAUUGUUGACAACAAUUAA